AUGAGCUCCAGGACUUCCAUGGGCGCCCAGCAGAGAGCCCAGCAACGGGCGCCCGCCGGCUCAGCUCGUCCGGCUCACCACCGAAGCAUCUCAUCAUCACAUAUACCACCCCCUUCGCCCGUCCGCAAGGAUGGCCUCUCCGACCACAAUCAACCGACCGACCCGGCCGACGCCUCCACGGCCUCGUCGCACCCCAGCACAGGCAGUCGCCACGGCGCAACCCCGAGACGCACCGCUGGCUCCAGGCUGCGACUCGAGCUCUCCAACGAUGACAAUAUAACCCCCGGCCCCUCGACCGAUUCGCCUCUGGGCACACCCUCCACCCACAGCGCUGCGCCCGACUCCAGCACCGAUGUCAGCGGCCGCGGCAGUCCGGCCUUCUCCCGAGCCUCCCACCCCGACUCUACCAAGAUGCCCAUGCCUCACCGGCGGGCGCCCAUGCAGCGCUUCGUCGUCAGUAGCAAGACGGCCGUGCCUACCACAGUGCCCAUAAAACGCGACUCCAAGCCGAAGCAGUAUGCCAUCGAGGUGCCCCUGGCCGCCCCCCGCUACCUCUCAACCAAUAAGCACGACACCGUUCAUCGCGAUCCUUUCAACAAAGGUCUCUUCUCCGGCAAUGCCGACUUCUUCCCCUGGACCGGCCGCCACCACGAGGACGAAUGGAGCACCGAGGCGAUACAAAAGGGAACCUGGGACCGCGGCAGCCAAAACGAGACUUCGUCCGCCCGCCUUGCAGUCUACCCGUCUCUUAAGCAGAAAACGGGUCUCAAUGCAUUGUCCACCAUCUUCAUGGGAGUCCUCAAUCAGCGACGUAAUCGCGGCCAGGUCACGGCCCCGUCCACGUUCAAGCCGCCUCCUCGCGUCACACUCACCGAUACGAAACGUGAGGUAUGGCUCAAGGAUCUGGCGAACCCGACGAUUUCGCUACGGCGUCUCAGCCGCACGAUUCCUCACGGCAUUCGCGGCCGGACCCUUCUCGACCAAUGCCUGAACAAAAACGUGCCCACCGAACGAGCCGUCUGGUUGGCCAAGUGCGUUGGCGCCAACGAGAUCCGCGCCUUUAAGCGCAAGGGUGUCGCCGGUGCACUCGUCAUGGGCAAUGAACUCAAAUGGAUCAGAGACUGGACCAUCUUUGUGGAGCAGUUCAUCGACUCUGUUGUCUCUUCGGUUGGCGAACCUGACUGGAAGCGAAGAGUGACGUACUCAAUCCGCCUUGCCACUGUGCUCUACUCGGAACACUUACUCGAUCGUGAUCAUUACCUAGACUGGAUUGUCUCGGGCUUGGAAAACAGCAGCCAGGCCAAGUUACCCAUGUGGAUAUUGGUUGCGCAAACAUGCUGGACAGACGUCCUUCGAUCUAGGAAACCCGGCCGUCGCCUCGUAUUUGCUCUACUGAGCCACCUAAAUAACAUAUACAACGAUCCCGAUCGAGACAUCUUGAUACCGCUCUCCAAUCAACUUUCGUCGUUACUAAAGACACUUGUCGCGAAGAACCCCGAGAGUUUUAUCCAGCCACUCCAAUGGCUCAAAUACCGAGAAUGUCUUGCUGCAUUUCUUCCGGCCGACGAGCGAGCAUUGCAGCAAGCAUAUCGCUCCAUCAACCAAAGAAAUUCGGAACUCUUGGUUUCCAGCACAGCCUCGCCACCUGUCGGAGGCAAGGAGCACCUGGUCAAGCUUCUAGACGCCACGCUGCAUGGCAAGGUCAACCGCGAACUGUCCUCCAAGUGCUGGUCAACCUCGGAAGACAAGACACAGGUCCUCAGGACUGUCAUUGAAUGGGUCACCUCGUUCCACCGCCCAGGCUUGGAAAAGAUUUACACGGCCACGAACCUGCUGCGAUCUUGGGGCAGCUUUCGUGCCAAUACGACAGGCGCUAUUCUCGACACUCUUGACUCUAUAGAUCGCGAUGAUGUGGUACGGAAACAGGCAGUCUACCGCUUGGUGACUGAACUGGCGCGAACCGGUCACUUUUCUGUUGCCCAGUACAUCCAAUGGCUGAUUGCUCGUGGCAACUGCCAUAGUGCUGCUGACGUGGAAGACAGCGGUCCAUGCGCCUCUAGGCUUCUUGUUGAGCUGCCCGUCUACUGCUUACCAGAUGAUCGCAAGUCUGAUCGUGCCAAUCUGCUGCGCCGCGCCGCCAACUACGAUGUUACCGACGAAGCUCGCGAUACUGAAAUCGCCAUUCAAUGUGUCAAACAGACUGUCGGGAUACCUGCGGCAAACAACGUCGACGGCGAAACCCUGCCGGCCAAACCUAUCCCUCUGCGCAAGCUUGUCAACCGCAUCAAAAGUAGUAGCUUUGCCCUCAAGAGUGCUGUUGGUGCUCAUCUUUGCGACGCGAUCCAAGGCCUACUCCCGCCGCGUCUCAACACCGAGGUCUCACUAAACAUGUUUACAUCAAUCCGUACCAUUCUCGAAGCAACGGGUGACUUUGCCAUGCUUGGAGAGAUUAUCAAGAGCUGCGCAAAAAUGUCCAACAUCGAGGUUCUUGCUGCUUGUGUGGACACUACCAAUGUCAAUCUCCAGGUUCUUCUCGCUGUCGGCGUUGCCGAUGACGUCUUUACCCUCUAUGUCGAGCGACUCAAAGCAGUGAGCCGUGAGCACGGACUCGUAGCCCGGCCUCUGCUAGCCGCCUUGUCGUCCCUGGCGCAGCGAAUGCCCAAUCAAGGCGACAUGGCCAAGAACCUGCAGCAGGAGCUGACGCAGACUGACCGUAGCAAUCCUAUCGACGCUUGUUCCCCUGUCUCGGAUAAUAUGGUUAGCCAAGCAACGAGCCCAGAGGGCGAAGUCUCGGAACAGAUUGACAAGCUGCUGGCAACGGGCAACAGUGUCGACCACCCCACGAUGAACCGUUUGUUCCGAAACAUUGUUCCCCGUCUCGAAGCCGGCUGGAACAAACUGGACGCUAGUCGCCGGGUCUACGCCUCUCUGCUCGCCAGACUACGGCUCUUUGACACGCACCACUUUGACAGACUUAUGAGCGAUUGGGUCAGCCACAUUCGAUCUCUCAAAGAGCGGCCCGCGUUGCUGGAACUGCUUCCGCUGCUUGUCAGUCUCGGUUGCCUUACUAUGGUGAACGUUCUACAUACAGCCAAUGCAGCUCCCGUCGCAGCCAAUGUCAAUGCCGUCGAUUCGGACCCGCCACGUGGCUCGGCCAUCUAUCUUCAAGAGCUUCUACAGCUGAUACUGCGCAAGCUACCGAAGCAGAACCCACUUACACCGGAGGAAUCCUACCGCUUUAUUGUCUACCAACAGUCAGCCAAGAUAGAGCAUUCCAGGGCGCUUUUACUCUUGAUUCGCAAUGCGGUUCACGAGUACUCAAUCCUUCGCACUCGUUCGACUACCACCACACUACCGCUUGAUGACCGAAGCUGCCAGGACGAUGUGCUAGAGGCACUACGAGUCUUGGUUGUCGCCAACUCUGCAGCUGCAGCCGAAGCCCUUAGUAUAAAAGACUUGGCCCCAGAGGCAUCUGCUCUCAUUCGGACUGUUGCCGCCAAGCUCCUGACCCCCGGUGACGAGAACACCAGCUCCUCGUUUGAUAAGAUUUUGGGUUUGGCAAACGAGCUCACGAUGCCGUUUUGCCAGCUCAGUCUCAGUAUGGAGCUCUCCCUCCCGCAGAACAGCCGGAUGUCCGACGAGCAGCAGGAGUCGCAGUUUGACAUGUUUGCAAGGGCAAUGGACAGCGCUAUUGAAGCUCGCAACAUAGUAUGGACGAGCAUGCUGCCUUGCCUCAGCGACGACAUCACGCAGCACCUGCGCAGCCAGACCCACGGCCGCUUCCUCGACAUGAUUCCGUCGUCCAAGACGUCCAAUUUUGCCGAGAUGGCCACGAGCGAAGAUCGGAUCCAGCUUGCCAAGAACCUCCUCGGGGUCAUCGAAGCCAUCAUCUCGGGCCAGCCGCCGUCGAAAUCUGCCCAGCUGACGUCGACGUUGGUGGACAAGCUGACCGAUCUGUGGGAAAUCAUCAGCGCACCUAACUCUGCGGCCCAGGACGCGGUCCGCAAGCACUGGCUGCCCUUUUUGCUGCGCUUCGUCACGCUCCACAGCAUAUCCUCUUCCUCGUCGUUAGCCUUGGAAAUGUCCAAUCAAGCUGCAUCCGCUGGCUCCCCCGCCACAGCCGCUGGUCCGUCCGCCAUCGUCAACAAGGUCGUCAGCAAUGCGGCGGCAGCAGCGGCAACUACCAACCAUAACAACCAUGAGGCGCGCGCGCGCAUCGUCUUUGUCCUCUGCGGGAUCCUGUCCGCGCUCGAAGCGCAGCAGACGCUCCCUCUGCGCGACACCAAGCUUGCGCAACAAGUCUUUGACAUUUCGCUGCUCCUCGUCGACGCCCUCCCCGACGACAUGCGUCUGCACUGCGCGCGCAGCGUGCUCGCCAGCCAUUUGGCCGUUUCCGUCUCGCGCGCCGGCACUUCCGACCCUCGCAUCUACUACCUCCUGAGCUACCCGCGGCCAACCGCCGCCGACAACCUGAUGCUCGCGCACCGAGACCGCAGCGCCAUCCCGCCGAGCGCCGCAGCUCGCGGCCUGGGCGCCAUGUAUGGCAUCGGCCCCACGCUGCAGGAGCGGUAUAGCCAGUUUGUGCUGCGUAGGUGGGAGGCGCUCAGCGAGCCGACGCCGAAUGUGGGCGAGAACGACACAAGUCUAUCCCUAGGCCUGUUUGAAGCCAUCAAGAUUCAGUAG